GUAGGGAGCCUUCAAGAACCGUGGACAAGCACCUACAUGAGUUGGGUUAUAGGCAGACAUCCAAUGCUACCCAAUCCACACAAGAUCUACGACGUGACCAUAACCUCAAAGUCAACGUGACAUGUCAAGGAUGCUUGAUGUAGCAAGAAAUGCCUAUCUCGCUUUAAGAGGGAGGUCAGCAAAGGUGCAGGAAACGCAACGACAACCUGCGUCGGCAGCGCAGAUGAUGCGAGGGCAACUGGCGCCGUCGCGAAUGAUAAAAGUGCACAAGGAAAAAGUGUGGGCACUCGCGUUCUUCAAAGACGGCCGACGGGUCAUCACUAGUUCACACGAUGCAACCCUGCAAAUCUGGGACGUGCAGAAAGGAGCAUUGGUAGGGGGGCCAUUCGAGGGACACAAGCACGGGGUAAAAUCAGUCGCCAUAUCUCCAGACGACAGACGAAUUGCGAGCGGUGGAAAUGAUAAAACCAUCAUCAUCUGGGACGUCGAGAGUAAGCAGAUGGUGUUCGGAAUCGAUCCACUAGUGAAGCACACAGACUCGGUGUGCUCGGUGUGUUUCUCUCCCAAUGGCAAGAAACUCGCCAGCGGUUCAAAUGAUAAAACAGUCGUUAUAUGGGAUAUGGAGACUGGCGAGGUCCUCGCAACACUCGAGGGCCAUAGUGAGGGGGUUUACAGCGUCGCGUUCAGUCCAGACGGUCUAAAAAUAGCAUCCGGGUCAGAGGACCGUACCAUCCGGGUUUGGCGCACCGAUACCUCCGCGCUUCUUCUUCAAUUCGACGCUCAUGAACACCGGGUUCGAAGUGUCGUGUGGUCUCCCGACGGUUUCCAACUCGUCUCCGCAUCAUACGACAGCACCGUCAAGUUCUGGAAUUCGCAUAACGGAAACCAGAUCGGUCAACCUUGCAUCGGUCACAGUGACUGGAUUUAUUCGCUCGCCAUCUCUUCUGAUGGUUCAUUCAUUGCCACGGCCUCAGACGACCAGACUGUGCGGCUCUGGAGCACAAAGACACACAAACAGAUAGGACAGGCACUUAAACACACAGAACUGCUUUACUGUGUCGCUCUUUCUCCCAAUGGAGAACUACUCGUCAGUGGAGAUGGCGAAGGAAAGGUGCAGCUCUGGCCCAUUGAGAGCGCACGUUCUUUAGCGAUUCAGCUGUGUUCCUCGUGCGACUCCUUCUUUGCGCACCGCAGCAAAGUAAAGUUGGGACAAAACCUCUAUCCGGAGGCCCUUCACGACGCGGAAAAGGUCGUUGAGCUUGAUCCUUCCUCUUAUCGUGGGUACGAGCUGAAGCAUGCAGCGCUGCGUGGCGUGCAACGCUAUGAUGACGCAAUCGAGGCUUUCAAAGUCAUGCUCUUCAAGUUGGACGAUGCUCCCUACGCACAGGUACAAAAGCUGCGUCGGAAAUAUGUUAGUCCAUCUGAAGCAGAAGACGCUAUUCGAAGAGCUAUUCACGCUCAACUGGAUAACGCCCCACUGCGUCUACUCAACACUUUCACCGGGCGUUUAUGCAACCGAGAGGCGCAGAUAAACGCCUUUGUGGAAAGCACAGAGUACAAGGAGCUCUUGUAUUCAUCGAUGACGCAUGCGCCCCUGCAAACGGAGCCCAUCACAGAAGCGGUCGCGAAGUACUUCAGUUGGGUCAUGUUAUCGCAUAGGUGGGAAAGGAAGGAACUGUUGCUGGACGACAUCCAGGAGAAGGACGUGUACAGUUUGGAUCCAGUCGGAAAUGUUGUGAAGCUGCAGAAGUUCUGCGAAAUCGCUCGUGAUGCGGGUUCUCACUGGGCGUGGAGCAAUGCAUGUUGCAUCGACCAGAACAACAACGUUGAGCUCCAAGAAUCAGUCAACUCAAUGUUCGUUUGGUAUCACGACUCAGCACUCACGAUCGUCUACCUGUCAGAUGUUCCGCCUUCCUCGAAUUACGGGGCGCUGGCAAACAGCACUUGGAACACCCGAGGAUGGACUCUUCCGGAGCUCCUCGCUCCUAAAAACAUUCUCUUCUACCAAGCGGAUUGGACUCCGUAUCUCGACGACCACUCUCGCAAUCACAAGGAGUCUGUCGCUAUUAUACAGGAGUUGGAGGACUCGACAGGAAUAGAUGCACGGGCCCUCGUUGCCUUCCAUCCGGGGAUGAGAACCGCCCGAGAGAAAUUGCGAUGGGCGGCCACACGUGUCACAACGGUGGAGGAAGAUGUUGCAUACUCACUGUUUGGCAUCUUCGGCGUCCACCUACCUGUCAUCUAUGGCGAGACAAAACAGAACGCGCUCGGACGACUCUUGCAGGCAACUAUAGCUCAUUCGGGCGACAUUACUGCCCUAGAGUGGGUCGGAAAAUCAUCCGAGUUUAAUAGCUAUCUCCCAGCUGACAUUGCCUCGUACAAAGCUCCGCCAUGCACACCACCAUCUCUAUCCCAAGACGAGAUGCAGACGUCGGUGUCCAAGCUGCGGAAUGUUGUUGCUGUGGAGUCGGCUUCGAAACUCUAUACCCUCCUUGACAACCUCAGCACCCCUCAUUUCGCGUACUCCAGACUGCAACUGCCUUGCAUCGUAUUUCCUGUUACAGAAGUGAGACGGAGGCGCGGUCAAGACCGGGAGUCAUGUUUCACCUAUGAAGUCAAGGCAGACGGGCUUGAAGACUUGCUGAUUACCACCGAAGACAAGUUGAUUCAGUUCUCUCCGGCAAGACCUCCUCGGCAGACAGUCCUUCUCAUCCGUCCAUGGAAUCAUCAUGAUUUCGGGCUGCCUGACCUCACAGACGAGACACAGAACAUGGACGAUUCGUCGGAGCCCAAGCCUUCGUCAGACAAUUCGUUCAGCAGGUCUUCUGGAGAGUACAGUGAGACGGUUGAUUCGGAGUUUUCAUCAGACGAUUCGCUCAGCGGGUCUUCUGGAGAGUAUGGGUCGGUUGAUUCAGAGUCUUACUCGCGAGCGUUGAGGUUGAUGGUUCGCCUCGGCCAACCUUUUGGCGCACUGUUCCUAGCGCAGCAGCGGGGUGGGGAGUAUAAGAGAAUCGCUUCGGAUCGCAGUAUCAUCGCACGAGUCAGGGACAUGACAUCUGUUGAUGGCAUGACGGACGUCAGGACGCUAGAGAUAUCGUGACUGGAUACAUCCCGAAGAACAGGGAUCUAUGACGCGUUUUUAUCUAUACCUUUACAUUAUCCUGCAUGGAACAAUUCUUCUGGGCAUUUGUAUUUUAUCGUAUGCUGACUGACGACAGGAAAUCGAACGACUAUGAUUCAAUGAUGGAAUUAUCACUGGUGGAGUAUGUGUUGUUUAUCCUUACUUAUCGUCCCAUCCACUGAUUCAUUGAUCAUCAGUAUGAUCACCUUUCACGAGUUGUACAUUCGCCUUACUACGCUCUG